AUGUCCCGGCGCAAGCAGGCCAAGCCCCAGCACGUUACCGCGGGAGAGGAGAUGGAGAUGGAGCAGCGCGGGAGAAGCACGGAAAGCGUGCUCUUGAGUAAAGGUGGCAGUGAGGAGAGCGGCAGCGAGAGCCGCAGCGGGAAUGAGGAGACUCUUGUCUGUAAGACAUGUUGUGCUGAAUUUUUCAACUGGUCAGAGUUGUUGGAGCACCAGAAUAAAUGCACUGAGGAGCCUUCUGUGCUCAUUGUACAGGAGGAUGAAAGAUUUCCUUCCCCUCAGGGAUCUCCGACGGAAUCCUUCUUAAGUGCUCAUAGUGACCCAGCUGAAACUGAGAACAUGGAACCUGAUUCUGAAUCGUCUGAGAAAGGAGAAGAAAAUGUCAGUCUUCCUGAAGAAAAUUAUGCAGUCGGAGCAGAUGACCCUAUGGAUACUACCGCACCUGUGGAUAAAAUAUCAAACCCCAGCCCUCUUCCACCAGACUCCAGUGAGAGCGCCAUUCCUCUACCAUUAUCAUGUCUAAGCACAACAAACUAUGGCAUUCCCAGCACAAAUGUAACCUUGGAGAUCCUCCAUAGUACCAGGGUAGCAGUUGCACAGUUUUCCCAAAGUAUCCAAGGUGAUGGAUCUGGAGGUAAGACGAGCUCAGUGGCAAUACCUAUGAUUUUGGAACAGCUAAUGGCAUUACAGCAGCAGCAGGUUCACCAGCUGCAGCUCAUUGAACAGAUCCGCAAUCAGGUCGCCGUGAUGAACAGGCAACCAACACAAGCUGCGCUAAACCCAGCCUCAAAGGCAUUUCCCUCUGUCUCUUGCACUUAUCAUUUCCAAGGCAUGGCCCCUCCUCCUGUACUUCCAUUAUCCGGAGUCAUGCCUUCCACAGUGAACGGACAGGCUUCUGUGUCCCAGGCAUCCAGGCUGGAAGGCCCGUCAUUUCGGGUAUCACAGCCACAUAAUGAACAAUCCAAUCCCAGAGAAAAUGAUAGUACUCCCAUUUCCUUAGCAAACCCAAACGCUCCUCUACCUACAUAUACUGGAGUGUCUUCGUUAUUACCAUCCUGCAAUGGUGCUCUCUCUAAUGCUAGUCGUACCCAGCCCCUGAACUCUCCUCAUCCCCAUUCAGUAAGUCAGAGCAAUGUUAUUAAUACUUCUAGCAACUUACCACUGCUACCUCAAAGUCCUCCAAGUGGAGUCAUCUUCCCAAACCCACUUGCCAGCAUUGCAGCCACUACCAAUGCGCUAGAACCACUUGCUUCUAUGAUAAAGCAUCGCAAAGGUAAACUGCCCAAUUCCUCCUUAUUUGAAAGCAAGCCCAGCUCCGAGGACCCCUUUUUCAAACACAAAUGCAGGUUCUGUGCCAAGGUAUUUGGCAGUGACAGUGCCUUGCAGAUCCACCUGCGAUCUCACACCGGUGAGAGGCCCUUCAAAUGUAACAUAUGUGGCAACCGUUUCUCCACUAAGGGAAACCUGAAAGUUCACUUCCAAAGGCACAAAGACAGAUACCCCCAUGUACAGAUGAAUCCAUACCCAGUGCCAGAAUAUCUUGAUAAUAUUCCAACAAGCUCUGGUAUUCCCUAUGGGAUGUCAUUUCCUCCAGAGCAAGCAGGGUCAACAUGGUUAGACAGCAAACCUAUUCUCCAGACAUUACCUCCUAGAUUGGGUCUGCAGUUACCCCCAACAGUAACAAGUGUGGAAAACAUCAGUGAUUCCUUAAGUAAUGCACCCACUGGAAGAUCUCCACAAAGAUCCUCACUCGCUAAAAAUGAAAGUGCACCACUAUCUCCAAAUGACACUAGUACUGACAAAGAUAUUCCUGUACAGUCUGACAACCAAUUACAUACACCUAAGUUGGCUGUGUGCCUCCAGUUAAACAAGGAAGGAGGGACCACGACAGUUUCAAAAGCUGAUGAAAUUCACCUUCCCCCAACCUGUGUGACCGAUCCAGCUGAAAAUAUCACCUCUGCAAGUCACAACAUUUUUUCAAAAUUUCCAUCAACAGAAACACCCAUUAGAGCAAAUACACCAGAGUCCACUGAUGUGACUACACCAGUGCUAAAAUCUUCUGCUCCUUCUCAAAUCUCGGAGCAGAUUAAAGCCAGGUUUCCUUUCGGUGGAGUCCAAGAAUCUAUGCAGGCAUCUGAAACGUCAAAGCUCCAGCAGCUUGUGGAGAACAUCGACAAAAAGAUGAUGGACCCCAAUCAAUGUGUGAUCUGCCACCGAGUGCUCAGUUGUCAGAGUGCACUUAAAAUGCAUUACCGAAUUCACACUGGUGAGAGGCCCUUUAAAUGUAAGGUGUGUGGCCGUGCCUUCACUACAAAAGGCAACCUGAAGACUCACUUUGGUGUCCAUCGUGCAAAGCCUCCUCUUCAGGUUCAGCACUCAUGCCCAAUUUGUCAGAAGAAAUUCACCAAUGCUGUUGUCUUACAGCAGCACAUUCGCAUGCACAUGGGAGGACAAAUUCCCAAUAACCUCCAAACUCUCCCAACAGAUGCUAUCCAGGAAAAAAACAAUGGCUUGACACUUGAAGAGAAGAGUUUUGACAGUGUCAAUGAUUACGAUGAUGAUGGUUUUGAUGAUAUUUCAUACGAAGAGGAAGAUAUUUCAGAAAAUGGUGAAAACCCCCUUCACACUUUAUCAGACAGUAGUUCAUCACCGAUUUUACAAUUACCUCAUGAUGUGUCUGAUGUUAGAACAUCAGAUGGUGACUCAGCAGUCGGUCUUAACCAGUUAACUGAACACAAGAUGGUAACGAGUGGCGUUUUUGACAACCAUCCGGAUAAUGGCUCUCCAUCCACGGGAGAUUUAGAGAAUCAAAGUACGUUGUUGCCAGAGUCGGCCAACAUCAAUCACCCACCAACACCAAAACCAACAAAAUGUCAGCCUGAGGGCCGACAGGAUAUCCCAGUUUCGCUCAAUGUUACCUUUGAUAAACAAGAGCGAACAUCUACAGUUAAAUGUGAAAUGUCUGAUUCCCCAGCCCCAAAUGCAAUAAAUGGAGCAGUGUACGAUCGGAUCAGGAAGUCUUCAGUCAUGGAGCAUGGAAUAAGCCAGAGAUCCCAUGACAUGGAUGAUAGCGUACGGGGCCCAGUUAAGAUGGAGACGGAAAGUUGCAAUAGGCCAUACACACCUAAAGAAGGGCCUUUUCCUGUAUUUGGAUCUAUUCAGUCUUCACCUACGCCCUCUGAAGCAAUACUCCCAGGCAUGACUUCGCUGUUUGGAAGCCCACCACCACGACGAAUCCCUAAACAACACAACUGUAACGUAUGUGGGAAAAACUUCUCUUCAGCAAGCGCCCUACAAAUCCAUGAGCGCACACAUACUGGUGAAAAACCUUUUGCCUGCUCCAUCUGUGGCAGAGCCUUCACAACAAAGGGUAAUCUCAAGGUACACAUGGGCACUCACAUGUGGAAUAACAUACCUGCACGGAGAGGUAGGCGCUUGUCCGUGGAAAACCCGCUGGCUCUUCUGGGUGCCGAGGCUCUCAAAUUUAAUGAAGUAUUUCAGAAGGACCUUGCAGCAAGGGCCAUGAACACGGAUCAGAACUUUUGGAGUCGAUAUGCUGUAGCCAUUAGCAAUGGCUUAGCCAUGAAGAACAAUGAAAUUUCUGUCAUUCAGAACGGAGGGGUACCUCAACUUCCGACAGUAGCCAUGGACAAGACAAGCGGUGGCAACAGCUCAUCACUCCAAGCUCUUGGGAAAACAAACGUAGACCUUGCGCCUGGACGACACUUCUCCAUGUUGAUUGAUGACAAUAAAGAGAUUAGAAUUAAUUAA